AAUCCCGGAUACAUACUUAAGAGGCUUCACUGUACCGGUCAUCAAGACAAUUUCCUCAGCAGCAUCAUUCCGAUCAGGCAAGGACUUGGUUACUUUCACUCGCUAGCUAUUUCCUUCGUUCAUUCGCUCCUUGUUUCUAUUUUCACCGCUCCACUAGUUUUCAAAUUCAUUGCCGGUUAAAACAAACAUCGCUUCCGCACUGCCAAGCACAACCUUCACCAUGAUUCCCGGUCAUGUCUCCCACUACGGCAUCGCCAUCCUGGCCGCCUUCUCCGCCGCUGUGGACGCCAAGGCUUGCAAAGCCCGUCACCACCAUCACCACCAAGGCAGGCCUGCGGACAACUCGACCGCAUCCGUAGCCCUACCACCCCAGACAAUGCCUCCUCUCCCUGCCACCACUUUGGCCACUUUCGUCCAGGCCUCGACGCAAUCCUCCCAGGCGAACGCCGCCGAGUCCCCCGCCGUGACCUCUUCCGGCAACCCCUUGAACGCCGGGGUAGCUUCCACCACCACGUCGGCGGCGGUUGCUGCCCUGCAGACAUCUUCGAGUGAGACUUUCAUUGGCCUGGGCACCCGCUACGGCGGCGGCUGCACCGAGAAGGACUGCUGGGAGAACGGCGCCUGCAGCUUCGUUGGCUACGACCUGCCCGCCGGCAUCGACGGGUCGACCUGCGUCUCGGACGACAUCUGGAACAACGGUGCCAACUGCGGCGGCUGCAUCUCUGUGACUUACCAGGGCAAGACUCUCAAGAUCAUGGUCACCAACCGCACCGGCGGCAACGCUACUCACCUUGACAUGACUCCGGACACCUGGGCCAAGCUGACCAACGGGAACCCCGGCGGCGGCGUCAACGGCAUCGAGUGGGAAUGGAUCACCUGUCCGUUCGCCGACUCCACUCCCCUCCAGGUCCACAUGCACGGCGGCGCGUCCCAGUACUGGUUCGCGGCCACGAUUGAGAAUGCCACCCUCCGGACCAAGAAGCUCGAGGUCAGCAGCGACCAGGGCGCCACCUGGAAAACUGCUACCCUCCACGACCCCAACAUGUGGGAGAUCACCGGCACGCUUCCUAGCGCCACCUGCUGGGUGCGCGUCACGAGCGUCAACGGCGAUGAGGUGGUUGUCAAGGACGUCGCUCUCCAGUCUGGCAAGAUUACUAAAGCUACAGAGAACUACUGAGUUGAAGGGGGCGGCUAGAGAGUCUUUUGAGAGUGGCAAUGAGUUGGAUACUCGCGGGGCCUUACUAUCUUUUCUUGGACAGCUAGAGGUUGUUUAGACUUUUAUCACUU